CGUCCAGCAGCUGAUCGGUAAUCCAGAAGAAGUUUCCCCUCAGUUAGGGGGGAGCUCCACUUUGAAGCAGGAGACUCCACAACCACCCUGCAUUAAAAAGGAAGAGGAGGAACUCUGCAUCACUCAGGAGGGAGAGUGUCUUCUAGGACGAGAGGAAGCUGAUUACACCAAGUUUCCACUGAAUAUUAUCUUUGUGAAGACUGAAGAUGAUGAAGAGAAACCACAAGUUGACAACCUCUUAGCUCCACUAUCAGAUAGUGAGGCUGAAGACGAGGUUGAAGAACCUUUGAGCAGCAAUAAAGACUGUGAAGGUGAUAUGAGGACUCACACUGACAACAAACACUCUGAAUGCUCUUCAAAGAAGAGGGGUAAAACAUGUUUUAACUGUUCAAUUUGUGGUCAAAGUUGUACUAAAAGCAGCCAAUUGACUCGACACAUGAGAACACACACAGGUGAAAAACCAUUUAAGUGUUCAGUUUGUGGCAAAAGUUUUUCUCUAAAUAGCACUUUGACUCAACACAUGAGAACACACACAGGAGAAAAACCAUUUAAAUGUUCAGUUUGUGGCGUAAGCUAUUCUCAAAAUAGCUCUUUGACUCGACACAUGACAACACACACAGGGAAAAAAAAAAUUAUUAACUGUUCAGUUUGUGGCAAAGGCUUUUCUCAAAAUAGAUAUUUGACUGAACACAUGAGAAGACACACAGGAGAAAAAACAUUUAGUUGUUCAGUUUGUGGCAAAAGCUUUUUUGGUAAGAACAAUUUGACUGAACACAUGAGAAGGCACACAGGUGAAAAACCAUUUAGUUGUUCAGUUUGUGGCAAAAGCCUUUUUUGUAAGAGCAAUUUGACUGAACACAUGAGAACACACACAGGUGAAAAACCAUUUAGUUGUUCAAUUUGUGGCAAAAGCUUUUCUGUUAAAAGCCAUUUGACCCAACACAUGAGAACACACACAGGUGAAAAACCAUUUAGUUGUACAGUUUGUGGCAAAAGCUUUUCUAAAAAUAGCUUAUUGACUCUACACAUGAGAAGACACACAGGAGAAAAAACAUUUAGUUGUUCAGUUUGUGGCAAACGCUUUUUUGGUAAGAGCAGGUUGACUGAACACAUGAGAACGCACACAGGUGAAAAACCAUUUAGCUGUUCAGUUUGUGGCAAAAGCGUUUCUUUUAAGAGCAGUUUGAUUGAACACAUAAGAACACACACAGGUGAAAAACCAUUUAGUUGUACAGUUUGUGGCAAAAGCUUUUCUUUUAGGAGCAAUUUGACUAACCACAUGAGAACGCACAUAGGUGAAAAACCAUAAAAGUAAAAAUAGACAAAUGACUCAACACAUGAGAACACACGCUGAGAAAAAACAUUUAGUUGUUCAGUGUGCUGUAAAAGGUUCCCACAUAAUGCAGACGCAGUAAAACACAUAAGAACACACAAGGGAAAAUAACCAGUUAGCUGUUUAGUUUGUGGUAUGUUGCUCAUAUGUGGCGACAUCCACCCUACCCAGGACCUCCUCACUGCUUCUUUCACAAAUAUCUGAGGUAUUCAUACAAACUUGGAUUAUUUGAAGCAUAAUCUUAUCUACUCAUGACCCCAUGUCUUCUCUGUAUCUGAAACCUUCCUGAACAGUAAGAUAGAUGAUGCUUCAAGUGCUUGGUUACUCCUUCUUCAGUCCAGGGACCUGGGGCCUCAUGUGUCAAGUUUGUGCAUGCUCAAAAACCUGCACUACACCCUUUUUCACUGCAAAGUUGAGAUGUAUCAAAACUGACGUUGACGCAUAAGUGAUGCUGGGUAACUGCUUGCAUAACAAACUGCCAACUUUUACUCCUCAGACUGAUUGAUGUGCAAAUCAGAGACAUAUGAACAAUUAACCCCCAACACUCACAACCCAACCCCCACCUCCCUCGACAUUCGGGCAUAACAGGUUCAAUCCGGCCUGCGAGAUGAGUUUGCGAGGUGUAAAAUUCAGCUGCAUUUUUUAAUGAAAGAAACUGUUGUUCUAAUUGUGUCCACUGGAUGUCGCAAUAGCAAUUCUGUUAGGCAAGCAAAUAGUUUAUACCGGGGUGAGCAAGUAUACCAAGCAAGAGGUACAUGGUAAAGCGGGGCUUUGACUCCUCCCCCUCCACCCAAUGUAAAACAAGAGUAAAAUAAGCAAUCAGUAACCCCACUUAAAAUGCAGCAUGAGACACUGCACACUGAUAUAGUUCUGUGAAAAUGAUUGUCUUCUGUGCCUCUUUCUGUCUUGCCUCUAGUGAGGGCGGUCGCAUUUUUUUCUCCUCCCGUCUUCUCCCUGCUUGCUCCCUUUGUCUUUUCUGUGUAAACUUUUGUUUGAAGCCUCUUUCUUUGCGCUGUCCUCUAAAUCUAAACAUCAGACAUGGAAUAUAUUAGUUGGAUUCCCGACUCAAUUGACAAAAUCUUUUCGACGAGGAAAAGAGGUUCUGGGGUGCUUGGCUGCCCUGAUGGAACCAUUGCUGCGGGGUACGUGAGAGAUUCCAGGGAUAAAUGGAAAAUCCUGUGCCUCUCAGUCCUUUCCAUUGAGGACGUGGAAGACCUCUACAUAUUUGGAACCAUGAUCGUGGGGCACCUGCUGAUUGGGCUGGGCAUUGCUCUGGUGUAUCUUAAAAUUCGUAGGACGAUGGCCGCCACUCAAGGAGCCCAAAGGCUGUUCAUCGCAAUGGAAGGUUUGGGUCGGGCUGUGGGAUCACAGACUGGGGCGAUUUCUGAACUGAAUCGCAAGAUGGAUCACAUCAUGGACAAGCUGGCUGAAAAGGAAAAAUUGGAUAUGAGGGCCAACAUGAACGAAUAGAACAGCCAUUGUUAUGUCUGUUCGAAGAAAAACAAAAAUCUUUAUCUACAAUUUCACUCCCCUGAAUGACCUUGAGGACAAGAACAGGCUGUUCUGUAAACAUCCCCUGAGGAAUUUCAAAGAUGGACGCUUUUGACCUCCCUUCCUCCUCAACGACACCUGGAAGUCUAACUUUGCUUGCAGUGCAUGCAGAACGACCAUGGGCCUAUGAACACAACACCACUACACCCAAAGACAAUGGGCAUAUACACAAACACACUCCCCACCCCAUGCCUUCACCACCGCUUGAUUACCCUUCGGGGUGAUGGACGGCUGAGUAGCGCUUUAUAGCAGCAUGCUGGCCUCCAGGGCCCCCUUGGACUCAGUCUGGACCCCCUCCCGAGGGUCCAGCAUUUGACUGAUAUUUUUUACUCUUCCCCCCUUUCCCAAUAUCACCUUUUUCCCACCUUUUUAAGGAGCGCCGUAAGUGGCUGAUCCGUUGGCGGUCCUGUCUUGUCUCCCAGUAACGUAUGUCUGCUCUUAGUGGGACUGUGCCCAAAAUGUAAUUUCAGUUCUUAUGUGUCUUGUACAUGUUAAAAAAUGGACAAUAAUUAAGAAUCCUGAAUCCAUCCUGAAAUGUAAAGAAAGUGAACAGUGUGUGAUUUACUGCAAUACUGUCAGUCUUGUACGUUUUUAUUUGUGCUUUGUUGAAAUUGUUCACACAUUGCACAGCUUUUAUUUUUCUAUCAAUACACAUUAUGUCUAGAAGACAGGAAGUAACUCAACACUCUUGAAUAGUUUCUACCUCAGUUUGUAUGGUUUGUUGAGUUAGCACAGGAUUAAUAUGUGGAAAUGACAAAUGAAGUAGUUGAUACAUAGAAUAGUUUUUAUGCAUGCUUUAUUUUGUUUGUUGUUCAAUCUUAGAUGGGUUGUGACUAAAUCUAAAUUAAUUGUGUUCUUUAAGGUGUUUUUGAAAAUGCACCAUUUUUUUCCCUCUAAAUUUUCAACUAACUUGAAGUGUUUUGUCAAGAGGAUUAUUUGUGGUAUGUACAUUUUCAGAAUGUGCUUGUUCUAUUUUGGGCCGAAA